UAAUUAUCCACAUUGAUAAAGUGACAUAAUAUAGUGAGUUUUGUGAAGUUAGGUCAAGCCUGCUGUCUUUAUGCUGAGAGUGCUUAAUGCUGAACUCUAUUGAGAACAGGUUUAAAGGCUGUGAAUGCCUUCUGCUGAGGUAGGCCAUCUCACUGGCCUCUCUUUGCAGGGCUGCUCUCCUUUGUGUCACCCUACAAUGGCGGCACGAGAGCACAACUGUCGCCCAAUACUCAUUGUCCGUCAGCCAAUGAGAGCAGUCCAAAGAGAAGACUGUAGCAGUUUGUGUAUGUAUGCAGGUGUGUUUGUGUGUACAUAUUUGUGCACGUAAAAGGAGUGUGUUCACACGUUGUCUUUUUCUUCUAACCCUGUUUUCUAUUCCCUGACUGCAUGAAAGGUGCAUCAUAUAGCAGGACAACCAAUCAGAGUUCAGCUGUUUGAAUUUAUGCCAGGGAUUUUUGGCUUGUGAGAUUUAAGUUGUGGUGGCAAAAGCCAGUAUUUUCAAUCCCUAAAAAACACUGUCCCAGUGAGACGAGAUGCCCUAUACACCAUCUGGUUUCUUUUGCGACCGGUUAAUCCGUGAAAGAGAGAGAAGGGAUGGCGAAGGAUCCCUGAGCAAACCCAUCCGUUUCAGUGGCCAGGACUACAACACCCUCAAGCAGGAGUAUCUCCAGAAGAAGGCCCUUUUUGAGGAUGAAUCCUUCCCUGCCACUGUGGACUCCCUUGGCUUCAAAGAGUUGGGCCACAAGUCCAACAAAGUCAAGAACAUUGUCUGGAAGCGUCCCAAGGAGAUAUGUGAUAACCCACAGUUCAUUGUUGGAGGCGCUAGCAGGACAGAUAUCUGCCAGGGAGACCUGGGAGACUGCUGGUUGCUUGCAGCCAUUGCAUCCUUGACUCUGAACGACAAGCUGCUGUAUCGUGUUAUACCUCAAGAGCAGAGCUUCUCUGAAGGCUAUGCAGGAAUUUUCCAUUUCCAGUUCUGGCAUUAUGGCGACUGGGUGGAUGUCGUUGUUGAUGACCGCAUUCCCACCUUCAACAACCAGCUGGUGUUCACCAAGUCGGCUGAAAGAAAUGAAUUCUGGAGUGCUCUGCUGGAGAAAGCUUAUGCUAAGCUUCAUGGUUCCUAUGAGGCUCUUAAAGGUGGAAACACUGCUGAGGGGAUGGAGGACUUCACUGGUGGAGUGACUGAAUUCUAUGAGAUGAAGGAGGCCCCUAAAGAGCUUUAUAAGAUCAUGAAGAAAGCUCUGGAGAGAGGCUCCCUCAUGGGCUGCUCCAUUGAUUCCCUGGUUCCAGCUCGCUUUGAAACUCGUACUACAACAGGACUCGUGAAGGGUCAUGCCUACUCUGUUACUGCUGUAGAGGAGUGUAAACAGUCCCAACAGAAGGAGACUAAAGUUCGUUUGGUGCGUCUGCGUAACCCUUGGGGUCAGGUCGAAUGGAACGGACCUUGGAGCGAUAAUUCAAAAGAGUGGGAAACCCUCUCUAAAGGAGAAAAAGAGAAACUUCAGCAUCAGAACGCUGACGAUGGAGAAUUCUGGAUGUCAUUUGAGGAUUUUAAGAAAAACUACACCAAAAUUGAGAUUUGCAACCUGACCCCUGAUGCUUUGGAGGACGACAAGUUGCACAAAUGGACCGUGUCUGUUAAUGAGGGACGCUGGGUUAGAGGAUGCUCUGCCGGAGGAUGCAGGAAUUAUCCAGACACGUUCUGGACAAAUCCACAAUACCGCCUGCGUCUCUUGGAGGAAGAUGAUGACCCGGAGGAUGAUGAAGUGGCUUGCACCUUUGUUGUCGCUCUAAUGCAGAAAAACAGGCGUAGAGAACGCAAGUUGGGUGCAAAUCUCUUCACUAUUGGAUUUUCCAUCUAUGAGGUUCCAAAGGAGAUGCACGGAAACAAGCAGCACAUGCAGAAGGAGUUCUUCAUGUCUAGCAACUCUAAGGCUCGUUCCAAGGCCUACAUUAACCUGCGCGAGGUGACCCAGCGUUUCCGUCUGAGCCCCGGGGAGUACGUCAUCAUUCCCUCCACCUACGAGCCGCACCAGGAAGGCGAGUUCAUCCUCCGCGUCUUCUCUGAAAAGAGGAACACCUCUGAGGAGAUAGAGAACAGGAUUGAAGCUGAUCAUCCAGUGCCGGCUCCGGCUUCGACUGGGGAAGAGAGUGAGGAGGACCAGCAGUUCCUGUCCAUUUUCCAGCAGAUCGCGGGGGACGUGAGUACUGGGGAGCCACUGAGCGCUGGGGGGAGUCAAAUGGAGAUCUCAGCCAAUGACCUCAAAGAUGUCUUGAACAAGGUGGUGUCUAAAUACAAGGACAUAAACACUGAGGGCUUCAGUCGUGAGAACUGUAGAAGCAUGAUUGCUCUCAUGGACAUGGACGGAAAAGGAAGACUUAACCUACAAGAGUUUAGACACCUGUGGAACAAAAUCAAACAGUGGCAGGGAAUCUUCAAGUCCUAUGACUUUGAUCACACUGGCACUAUCAGCAGCUAUGAGAUGAGAAACGCCAUCAAUGAUGCAGGGUUCCGUCUGAACAACCAACUCUAUGACAUCAUCACCAUGCGCUACGCCAAUGAAAGCAUGAACAUCGACUUUGACAGUUUCGUCAGCUGUCUUGUGCGACUGGAGGGGAUGUUCAGAGCAUUCCAGGCCUUUGAUCAAGGUGGAGAUGGCACCAUCAGACUUAAUGUACUGGAGUGGCUUCAGCUAACCAUGUAUGCAUAGACCGACUGUGGAUCCAGGUGAGCCCGGACUCGGAAAGGACCAGAACCACCAGCUCUUACCUCAACACUCAAUGUGCCAGACUACUGUUACCUCUUUCUCUGUACCUCAGCCCACACUGAACACCAGCUCUACAAACUUAACACAUGAUUACUCCUCUUCAUUUUAGUUUUAUAUGAGAUGGCAAGAAGAGUGAAGUGAGUAUUAGUGUUACAGACCGACAUUUCUGGGGGGCGUUGUGCCCAAGCUCCAUAUACAUGGCGGCAUGUCACAGUUUCUGAUUUUCUGUUGUCAUUCAUUCCUCAGAGUAGCUUUUCACAUGAACUUCAUUCAGUUUGUCUACACUGGUGUUACAGGCAGCAUUUCUCUUUUACCUCACCUAGCCUCAAAAGAUGCUAAUGUUCCAUGGCCCUGAGAUUUCCUUUGCCAUAUGCUGAUGGACCUAAUAUAUAAUUGAUUCUCUAAUAUUACAUAGAACUAUAACAAUAAAAAGGAAUCGAUUUGGAUUUAA